AACAUGGGACUCACACAGGACCCCGUUUUCCAGAGGCUGCAGCAAUGGUACUCAGCGCACGCCUUGAACCUCAACAUGAGACACAUGUUUGAUGACGACAAUGAGAGGUUCCACAAAUUCAGCCUAAAAAUGCAGACCGAAGACGGGGACAUCCUGCUGGACUAUUCCAAGAACCUCAUAACCGAUGAAGUCAUGAAGAUGCUGAUCGAUUUGGCCAAGUCAAGAGGUAUGGAUGCAGCCAGAGAGACCAUGUUCACCGGAGACAAGAUCAACUUUACUGAGGGUCGUGCUGUGCUCCACGUGGCACUGCGGAACCGUUCCAACACUCCGAUCAUGGUGGACGGUAAAAAUGUGAUGCCGGACGUUAAUAAAGUUCUGGACAAGAUGAAGAACUUCUGUCACAGGGUUCGUAGCGGUCAGUGGAAAGGCUACACGGGGAAGAGCAUCACGGACGUUGUUAAUAUCGGAAUAGGAGGAUCAGAUCUUGGCCCCUUGAUGGUGACAGAAGCCCUGAAACCAUACUCCAAAAAUGGGCCCGCCGUGUGGUUUGUGUCCAAUAUCGACGGGACGCACAUCGCCAAGACACUCGCGCAACUCAACGCCGAGACUACGCUCUUUAUCAUCGCUUCUAAGACGUUCACCACACAAGAGACCAUCACUAACGCCGAGUCAGCCAAAGCAUGGUUCCUAGAGCACGCCAAAGACAAAGGUGCUGUGGCCAAACACUUUGUCGCCCUGUCCACAAAUGGCCCCAAAGUGAAGGACUUCGGUAUCGACACAGAGAACAUGUUUGAGUUCUGGGACUGGGUUGGGGGACGCUUCUCCCUGUGGUCAGCGAUUGGAAUGGCCAUCGCUUUGCACAUUGGCUUUGACAACUUUGAGAAGCUUCUGGCAGGCGCCCACUGGAUGGACAAGCACUUCCGCACAGCUCCACUGGACAAAAACGCUCCCGUUCUGCUGGCUAUGUUGGGCAUUUGGUACAUCAACUUCUUCCACACAGAGACCCACGCCAUGCUGCCUUACGACCAGUACAUGCACCGUUUUGCUGCUUACUUCCAGCAGGGCGACAUGGAGUCCAACGGCAAGUACGUCACCAAACAUGGCGCACGUGUAAAUUAUCACACCGGACCGAUUGUGUGGGGCGAGCCUGGCACAAAUGGCCAACAUGCCUUCUACCAGCUUAUCCAUCAAGGAACGCGCAUGGUGCCGUCCGAUUUCCUCAUCCCGGCCCAGUCCCAGCACCCUGUCAGGGACAACCUACAUCACAAGAUCCUGGUAGCCAACUUCCUGGCACAGACUGAGGCCCUCAUGAGGGGAAAGACCACCGAGGAGGCCAGGAAGGAGUUGGAAGCCAGCGGGCUGACUGGAGAAUCUUUGGAGAAGAUUCUGCCACACAAAGUGUUCCAAGGAAACCGACCCACCAAUUCCAUUAUUUUCAAGAAACUGACCCCUUACAUGCUUGGUGCCCUCAUAGCCAUGUAUGAGCACAAGAUCUUCAUCCAGGGUUUGAUGUGGGAGAUUAACAGCUUUGACCAGUGGGGGGUGGAACUGGGGAAGCAACUGGCAAAGAAGAUCGAGCCGGAGCUCCGGGAUGCUGCCGAGGUCCAUUCCCAUGACGCGUCCACCAAUGGGCUCAUCAACUUCCUCAAAAAGAAUUUCGCCUGA